CGCUCGUUAAGGUGCGCUAUCAGUCGUGUCGCACCAGCCAACUAGAUCGCACACCUCGCGAGGUAGAAGAAUCAGUCCAAGUGGCGGAAGUUUUAUUCCUUUGAGUGAAGAAAGUGAGAAUUAAGAAGGAGUUUUUUUAAAAAAGAGAAAAGAAGGACAUUUCGAGAGAGUGAGAGUGCGAGCAUAAAACAUAUGUUUUCGCCGACAUAAUUUUAUGCGAACGAUUUUUCGGGGGGCAUUGCGUGCGCACAGAACUUCAGUACUGUACGACGAAACCGGUGUAAAAUGUUGCGAAAUCGUUUUGCUUGCGGAAAAGUUUAGUAAAUCGUGAAAUAGUACCGAAAUAGAAGUGAAAAACUGCAGUUUGUACCACUUGGUUUAGUUCCGCGUGCUUGUGUGCUCUGAUUUUGGAAAUCUCACACCCUCACAACAAAAUGACCACCCCGAACCCCCCAACCGUGGUCACCACGACCACCGCGUCGAGUCCCUCGGACGACGAGGAGGGUGGCCUCGUGAUGCACCUCAUCAACUCCCGCACCACCAACGGAUCGUCAUCGUCCAAGGUGUCCUCGACGACGAGCAACGGCAACGGUUCCCCGUGGCCCCGGCGGCAGCUAGUGGACGUGAACCCUCGGAGUGGCAGUUUGGACCUGAGCAAGCUGCCGAUGCGCCGGAACUCGAGCUACGGCCGGAUGCCGUCGGAGAAUCCGGAGGCGAAAGUGCUGGUCAUCUACACGGGCGGCACGAUCGGGAUGAUGCGCAACGAGAAGAAUGCGUUGGAACCACGGCCGAACGAGUUUGUGCGGAAGAUUCGUCAAUAUCCAAACAUGCACGAUGACGCGUAUGCGGCGAAGAGAUACGGUCCGGCGAAGAAUAUGGCUCCGUUGGUGCUUCCUUACGUGGAGGGUCAACAUAGGAGGAUCUUGUACCAGAUUUCCGAGUAUGAACCGUUGCUGGACUCUUCUAAUAUGGGAGUGUCGGACUGGGCGAGGAUCGCCACGGAUAUUCAGCAGUCGUACGAAUUCUUCGAUGGGUUUGUCGUACUCCACGGAACCGAUACUCUGUCCUACACGGCGUCGGCUUUGUCGUUCAUGCUGGAGAACCUCGGCAAAACGGUGAUCAUCACGGGGUCGCAGAUUCCGAUCUUCGAGACGAGAACCGACGGCAAGGACAAUUUCACCUCCGCGUUGAUUCUGGCCGGAAACUACAUCAUUCCGGAGGUUUGUGUCUUCUUCAACAGUCGUCUCUUCCGAGGCAAUCGAACGCUUAAGAUCAGCUGCGAUUCGUUGGACGCGUUCAACUCCCCAAACGCGGCACCCCUAGCCAAGAUGGGCAUCAACGUGGAGGUCGACUACCGGUUGAUCUUCCGACCGUGUACCGUUGAAAAGUUCAGCGUGCACACUCAGAUGGACGAGAACGUUGGACUGCUGCGGCUGUCAAGUAUCGCCGUUGCAACGGUAAAGGCCUUCCUGCAACCUCCAAUGCGCGGGGUUGUCCUGCAGACCUACGGUUCCGGAAACAUCCCAACGAACCGAGCCGACCUGCUGGCAGCUCUACGCGAAGCCAACGAACGUGGAGUCCUGAUCGUCAACUGUACCCAGUGCAACGAGGGAGCCGUCUGCGAGCUCUACGAAACGGGUCGCCAGCUGCAAGAGCUCGGAGUCAUUCCCGGAUUCGACAUGACCCCGGAAUCGGCACUGGCGAAGCUCUCCUACGUGCUGAGUAAGGACUGCUGGAACCAGGAGACGAAGCGAUUGAUGCUCAAAAGCAACCUCCGCGGCGAGCUGACCCACGAAAAGACCCCGGAAAUGCAAGAGUACGACCUGAUCGACGCCGUCGCCCGCACUCUCCACCUCAACUCGGUCAAAGAACUCAGCCAGCUCAAGUCCACCCUCUUCCCGGCGAUGAUGAACGCGGCCGUAGUCGCCGGCGACGUCUCCAAGCUCAACAACCUCAAAGGGUACGGCGCGAACGUCUCCGGAGAGAACUGCGACCGCCGAACCGCUCUCCACGUGGCCUGCUGCGAAGGCAACCUCGAAGUCGUCCAAUAUCUGCUCCAAAACGGAGCCGCCGUCCACCUGCGCGAUCGCUACGACCGAACCCCACUCGCGGACGCGAUCCUCAACGAUCAUCACCAGAUCAUUCGCCUGCUAAUCAAAUGUGGUGCCCACCUGACCGGGUCGAUCCGGGCCAUCGGGGAAAGUUUGUGCAGUGCCGCGGCGCGGAAUCUGCCGCAUCGGCUAGAGUCGUACCGGAUUGCCGGGGCCGAUCUGUCGCAGGAGGAUCCGGCGGGGCGGACGGCGCUGCACGUGGCGGCGAUGUACGGAAAUCUCGAGGUCGUCCAGUAUCUGGUGAAGAAUUACGCCGAAGUGGACGCACUGGACUAUUUGGGUCUGACGCCGUUGGACUACGCGAUCAAGCUGAACGCACAACCGGUGAUUGACUUUUUGAGCGGGAAGAAUGCACGAAGGGGCGAGGAGAUGUCCGAUGAGGCCAGAAGGCCGGAACUGCACGAUUCGUUUGAUUAUUAGGGAUUUGGAAGAAAAAAUAUGAAAAUAAUAAAUAUAACCAGCAAUAAA